GCUGCUUGCCUGCCUUGGUUUCGCGCACGAAAUCGACAUGGAACGCGCAAAGUCGCCAAUCGGCCGCAUUAGAGGAGAGUCGAACAAAAAGCCUCUAUUUGAAGGUGUAAAGUUUUCCCUGAAACCUUUACUAGAUGACUCGUUAAAAACUUCGAUUACGCAGGUGCUCAUAGAGAACGGUGCAAUCAAUGCUGACGGGAAUAAGGAACAGGAUCUUCUUGAUGAAAGCGAUAUGAAUACAAUAACGCAUAUCAUAUCUAAAGAUACAACGUUUGCUGGGUACAAGAAAGCUCUUGAAAACAAAAUAGCUGUAGUGACCCCUGAUUGGAUUAAUUCUGCAAUAAGGAAUGGUCAUGUCCACAGGACACAAUUCUAUUCGCCAGAUCCCGCAAAGUUUUUCUCCGGAUUGGUGAUAUGUACUUCUGGUCUUACCAAACAGGAUCGAGAGGCAAUUCUCGGUGGUGCAUUGGCUUUCGGCGGAGACUACCGAAAUGACUUGACUGUGGACGUAACCCACUUGAUCACCAUGGUCCCUGAGGGGAAAAAAUACGAAACAGUUAUGGCGAAAAAUGAAUUAGGCAUACGGACUAUAUUACCACAGUGGUUUUACGAUUGCGUUAAAUUCCAGAAAAAAGUCGACGAGAGCGAAUAUUUAUUUCCAGAGCCGAAGCUUUUUGAAUACCGAUCCUCUGCAUAUAAUGAGGACAAUAGCAGUAGGACAUCUAACAAGCUUAAGGAGAGCACCGCUAAUGGGUAUAUACAUCCUUAUCCGAUGAAUGUAGAUAGUCUUGCAUCAUGUAUUCCUAGUUCUGAAUUCAUGAGUGGCAUGAAAAUCUAUAUCCAUCCUGACACUGGUCUGUCUGAGACAUUGUUAUCGUCUUUGAAGGAAUGUGUAGCAGCAGCAGGCGCAAGUAUCCUAGAAGAGCAUAUCGCAUAUUCCAAAGAGAUUGUCGACAUAUAUAUCGGACGAUGGAGACAAGGCGAAGAUUACAAGCAGGCUAGCAAAGAUGGAAAAAUUGUCGGUAGUGUUUGGUGGUUGACCAACACUCUCGCUCGAAAUUGCGUGGCACCACCUACUGGCACACUAUUAGAUUAUCCAAUGCCCAAGUCAGGAAUCAAAGAUAUGCACCAUAUGGUGAUGACGAUAACAAAUUACAACGGUGUUGCAAGAGAUUAUGUGCGGCGUCUGAUUCAUGCACUGGGUGCAACAUAUACCCCAAAUCUUACUCAAGAGAACACACAUGUGAUUAGCUCCAGCCAACAUGGCCAAAAGUACAUAGCCGGAAAGCAGUGGAAUCUUCAUGUCGUUAAUCAUUUAUGGUUGGAAGAUUGCUUUCAACAAUGGACGUGUAAAUCCGUAGCCGAAGAGAAAUAUGUUUACUUCCCUGAUACACAUGUCCUGGAAGAUCUCGUUGGAACAACAGCCUUGCAGGCCGACGAAAUUACUAGAUGGUGGAACCCAGAAAUGGCAAGUCCGAUGGAGAGCGCGCUGAUGAACGAAAAUACGAUUGAUCGACACUCCGUCAUCCAAACUCCAUCCUCUACCACUGGACAUGUAAAAAUCGUCAGUAAGACUGCAAGACAAGCAGCUAUUACUGCCUCCAAUGUGCUACAUGAAGUAAUGGUUCCGGAUAUGAAUGCAUAUCAAUUGGAAAAACGGUCUAGUCCUAAGCGAUCAAGGCAAGGCUCCUACGACAUCAAACCAGAUAACGAAACUCCAUCAACGCCUUCAAAGAAAAAGCGACAAGUUAGCGAUGUAACUCCUAAUGGAAAUGUCUCAGAAGCAGAUCAGUUACAAGAUGCAACUGAUUCACAACCCAUCCAUGGUAAUAACAGGAAGUCUAGCCAAAGCCUACAUCGUACUGCUACAUCAGAGAGCAAAAAUUCAGAUAGUCAAGGCGUUCCCACAACACCGUCCAAACGAAAACGGCAAUCAUCCUCUCAAAACGUUGACUCACCCCAUCGUAACAUAAGAUAUGUCAGUUCUGGAAAAAACGCUGAUAUUACUGAGAGCCAGAAGAAGCAAAUGAACAAAUUGGGAGCCCACUGGACUGAGGAUAUAAGAGAUUGCACACACUUGAUUGUAGACAGAGUGAAUAGGACCCAAAAGUUCAUGUGUGCCAUGAAUAUGGGACUACAUAUUGUCACUCCCGACUGGGUAAAAGAUUCAGUCAAAUCUGGCAACCUACAAGAAGAAUCGGAUUAUCAAGUCGAUGACUCUGAAUCAGAAGCAAAAUGGGGGUUCAGCGUUCUAGAUAGCCUGAGCUUAGCUCGCAAAUUUACCAUCGUAGGAAAUAAGAAUCGUCAGCAAGGCACUCUACUACAAGGUUAUGAAGUCUUCAUCACCAAAAAUACAGGACCUUCAAAAUCUGUCCUGAAAGAUAUCAUUGAAAGCGCAGGAGGAAAGCUUCUUGCUACGCUUCCGCCAAGAAAGCUGCGAGAUGCAAGCUCACAGAGUGACACAAAAUUGAUUGUGCUGUCAUGCGAAGCUGACAAGGACAAGUGCAAAGACUUCAUACACCAUGGCAUCGGUGUUUAUGACACCGAACUCAUCUUGACCGGUUGUUUGCGUCAAAGUUUAGACUUUGGAGACACAUUUAGGCUACCAAUAGAUGAAUGAAACUGCUUCACAUGUAUACAGCUCUAAAGUAUAAAUUUGGCUGAAAAACUCUUUAAUAUAUU